AUGUCACAGAAUAUUCAAAUCGGCACUAGAAAACGUUCAAGAGCUAAUAUGAAUAAUUCCACUACUACGGGCCCUGCAGACAAUGUGAGCGCCAACAAGGCCUUUCUGGACAGCUUCGAAGACACACGCACAAACAACCUGCUGGACGAGAUGUUUGCCCGGCAGAACUCCUUCCUGAGCGACAACCUCAGGAACAGUCUGGAUCUGAACCAGGCGGAAAACUCGCACCUCCCCCGCCAACAUCAGCACCAGCUGUUUCUGGACAACGAAAACGCCAUAGAUCUGGACGACGAGCCCCGCACCACAAACACUACGAUCAAUAAUAUUAACAACAAUAACAGUAGCCGCGUUGACGAGGACGCCGACGACGACAUCAUAUUUAUCAAGGAGCAGCCCAUACAAUUCUCGUCGCCGUUGAUUCUGCCCAGCAGCAGUAGCAACAACAACAAUGCGGCCAACACGUACAUCACGACACCAAAGAAAUUCAAAAAACAGCGAACCAUCUCGCUGCCCCAACUGCCACUAUCGAAACUCAGCUACCAGUCAAGCUACUUCAGUGUUCCUGACCAAAACAACGCAAUUGUGCCCAGAGUCACCCAGACCGAGAACGAACUGCUGCACCUAACGGGCUCCUGCGCUAAGACCCUGGAGGGCAACAAGGCCGUGAAUCUCACAAUAGCCCACAGCACGUCUCCCUUUUACAACCCGCCUCUGCAACUGGAGCCUCCACCCCAACCCUUGCCACCACAGUCCACGUUCAAAAAACAGAUCGGCUCGUCUCUGAGGAAGUUCAAAUCGAAUAGCUCUUCAGAGAGCGCCUCGUCCAGCAAAUCCAAUUUUAAAACAGACAAGGACGGCCACUACGUGUACCAGGAAAACGACGUCUUCGGUAGCGGGGGUCGCUUCAUCGUUAAGGACCUGUUGGGCCAAGGCACUUUCGGCAAGGUGCUCAAAUGCAUCGACAACAAGUACGAGCCAAACUACAAUAACGGCAGAAACUACGUCGCGGUCAAGGUCAUAAGGGCCGUGGAUAGAUAUAGAGAAGCCGCCAAGACAGAACUAAGAAUCCUACAAACCAUUUUAAACAACGACCCGCAGGGCCAAUUCCAGUGCCUUCUGCUAAGGGAGUGCUUCGACUACAAAAACCACAUCUGUCUGGUGACAGAUCUAUACGGCAAGUCCAUCUACGAUUUCAUGUGCUCCAACGGUAUUGCCAGGUUCCCGGGCUCCCACAUACAGGCCAUCGCCAGGCAGUUGAUCCGAUCGGUGUGUUUCUUGCACGAUUUAGGGAUAAUCCACACGGACUUGAAGCCUGAGAAUAUCCUGAUCUGCGACGAAACCCACAUCGCUCAGAAUUUGCCCCCAAAGACUAUCCAGUCACUAAGCAAAAGGCGUCGUGAGGCCAGUAAAGGGAAACACAAAAUCUUGAAUAACCCAGAAGUCAAAAUCAUCGAUUUCGGCAGCGCCAUCUUCCACUACGAAUACCACCCUCCGGUAAUAUCCACUCGCCACUAUAGAGCUCCUGAGAUCGUGCUCGGCUUGGGCUGGUCGUUCCCCUGCGAUAUCUGGUCUAUCGCGUGCGUCCUGGUCGAACUGGUCAUUGGCGAAUCUCUUUACCCGAUCCAUGAAAACCUCGAGCACAUGGCCAUGAUGCAGCGCAUCAACGGCACCCCCUUCCCGACAGACAUCAUCGACAAGAUGUUCUACAAAUCCAAACACAAACUGGGAAACUCUCCAUCGGACCUGAACUCGACCGUAAUAAAGCACUUCGAUAAGAAAUCGCUGACUUUACAAUGGCCGGAAAAGAACAAACGCGGCGAAACCGUAACCACCGAAAAAUCAAUGAAGAGAGUCUUGCAAUCAUGCGAUCGCCUAGACAUCUACAUCUCCAAGAUCUUGAAGCUGGAUUACGGCGACAGCAUGAGCAUCAAUUGGAACCUGCCGGCGGAAAAAAAUUGGUCUUUGAUAAAUUCAAAAAUGCUAUGGAAAAAGCAAAUACACUCUUCCUCCGCUGCAGCCACGGACAGACUCGACAAAGAAACUUUCUUGUUCUGGUACUGGUUCAUCGACCUGCUGAGGAAAAUGUUCGAAUUCGACCCGACAAAAAGAAUCACCGCCAAGGACGCGCUGGAUCACGAAUGGUUUAACCUGGGCAUACUGGAUGACGGUAUUGCAAAUUACAAUAAUACCCAAGGUUAG